UGCAUAUCCUUCAGGCGCAUCCGCGCCUGUCCUCGGUGACCCCGGGCCGGGGUGCAUGACCUACCCCUACACUGCCUGCCUUGGUGCCGGGCUUGGCGCCGGCCUCCCGAUGGGCCGAUAGGGGUAGCACCAGUUGGUUCAAUCACACCUGACCCCCACCCCACACUUGUGCCAUUUACAUAAUCAUUCAUUGUCCUCCCCUCCCCUUCCCUUCGUCCACACGCGCCACACACGUAACACCCCGGCCGCUACGCUAUACACUCUACGCCGCUCCACGGCUACGCCAAGCCACUUGACGGUGGACGCUACCGCGGCAGGGAGUCGGGACGGUAUCUGAAUCUGACCGCCCAGUCGAGCGGAGCGGGAUCACGCAUCACUCCGCCAGGCAGCGGAGCAGCGGAGUCUCCACGACGUCGCGCAGCGCGCAGCCACGCGCAGCAGCCACCCGGGGGGCCGCCAAGCCCAGCCAAGCCGCGACGCCGCGACGAGAAACCGGCAGAGCCAGAGUCCCCUGCGAGGGCCGCGCGGCACACUGUCACUGCGAGACGCCCAGGGCGAGCAGGGCGAGCAGGGCCACGCGGAGGACCGCGACGAGGACCCACAGGACGAAGCCCUUCUUCAAGGGCGCGGGGAGCUCGCGGCCGUGACACGCCGUUACACCGAGACCUGACCAGCCGCCGGCCGCUGAUCAAGUGAAGCCAGGACCAUGGCGCCCCCGGGCAAGAAGCUCCCGCAGUACACCGCGGCCGUCAUAGCGUCCAUGUCGGUGAUGGCGGCGGGGUGCUGCAUCGCCUGGCCCUCCCCCGCCCUCAAGAUCCUGGGCUCGGCGGACGCGCCCUUCAAGCUGCAGGACGGCGAGGGCUCGUGGAUCGUGUCGCUCAAGAACCUGGGCAACAUCCUGGCGCCGCUGCCCACGGGGUGGCUGAUGGGUAGGAUCGGGCGGCGCGCCACGCUGCUGGGCUCGGCGGUGCCCUUCAUCGCGUCCUGGGGGCUGCUGCUGCUCUUCAAGACGGCGCCGCUGCUCUACCUGGCGCGCGUACUGGGCGGCCUGGGCGUGGGCAUCGCCUUCACCGUGGCCCCCAUCUACCUGGGCGAGAUCGCCGACACCGAGGUGCGCGGCGCGCUCGGCACGCUGCUGCAGGCCAUGCUGUACUGCGGCAUCCUGCUGGAGUACUGCGUCGGCCCAUACGUCAGCUACUACUCGCUGGCCCUGGUGUCCGGCGCCGUGCCCGCCAUCUUCGCGGUGCUCUUCUUCUUCAUGCCGGAGUCGCCGCACUGGCUGCUGCAGCGCGGCCGGCGCGAGGACGCCCGCCGGUCGCUGCGGUGGCUGCGCGGCACGGACGAGCAGUCCGUCGCGGCCGAGCUCGGCGAGAUGACGCGCGCCAUGGAACUGCAGGCCGGCGACACCAAGGGCGGCGCCUCCAUGAAGGACGUCAUCUGCAGCCGCGGCCCGCGCAAGGCCCUCAUCAUCGUCGUCACCCUCCAGGUGCUCAAGGAGAUGUCUGGUAACUCCGCCGUGGUGGCGUACGCCGCCACGACGCUGCACGGCACGGGGUCGCCCUACUCGGACGAGUACGUGAUCGCCAUCGGCGUGGUCAUGUUCCUGGCCACCAUGGCGUGCACGCAGCUCGUGGACCGCGCCGGCCGGCGGCCGCUGCUCCUCGCGUCCUGCGGCCUGUCCGCGCUGUCGCUGUCGACGGCGGGGCUCUACUUCUUCCUCAAGUGGGUGGACCCGAAGAUGGACGCCCCCACGUGGCUGCCGGUGGGCGGCCUGCUGGCCUACGGCGUGGCGUACCCGCUGGGGUUGGCGCCCAUCCCCGCCGCGCUGCUGGGCGAACUGUUCCCCGCGCACCUCAAGGGGCUGGCGGCGUGCUCGGCGGCCAUCUCGCUGUCCAUCGCGUCGCUCGUCGUCACCAAGCUGUACCACGUGGUGGGCACGGCGGUCGGCAUGCACGUCGUGUACUGGACGUUCGCCGCGUCGUGCGUCGGCGGCGCCGCCUUCGUGGCCACCUUCGUGCCGGAGACGAAGCGCAAGACCUUCCAGCAGAUCCAGGACGAGCUCAACGGGCUGCCCCGCGAGAAGGGCGCCUACGAGGCCGACGAGCCGCUCAAGAUCAUGGCGUGAUGAAGCGCCAGGAGCCCUGGAGGUCGUCGUCAAGGACAGGGGGAGGAAGAGGGAGCUCAGAGUCUCCGCCGCGGGCCGGCUGUUGGUUGGGUUGCCACCACGGCGACCGCGGGCGCAGCGCGGAGCGCGGUCUAGAGCGCGGAAGCCUGGUUCGUUCGGUUGCCGAUCUAGCCCGUAAUGGUAAUAGUAAUCGGCUGACGCAGCCAGCGCGUCAGUUGGGUUGCCUACUCUCGGUUAGCAGGCGCUCAAGCCUCAAUGGCAUCGCCCAGGCAAACGGUAAUGAACGUUGCAUAUCCGUGGUCCGAACCCGAAAAUUUCGUGCACCAUGGGAACAUUUCGGCAAUAUUUCCAUAUUCUAGUAGGACGCCGCAGCAGUAUGAUGCUUAGACUUCAUAAGGCUGCAGAGAAAAGACUGAAUUAGCUCUCGAUAAUAAUGCCAGAAUAGUUUUCCUAGGUAUACGUCGCAUUUAGUGCCAUAAUUAUUUAUAGCACAUCUUUGUUCAGAAAUGGUUCAAGUUGUGCCUUCAGAAAACUGCUUUCCUAGCAGUAGCAUUUUAUAAACUGCCUUAAUGUGUAAAUUUAUUGUAUACGUUUAAGCAUUUAUAGACUGCCUUCUUUUGUAAAUUUAUUGUACAUUCUUGUUAUUUAAAGCGGUUCUGUGAUCUGCAAAGGGUAGCAAUUUACAAUUUUUAUCGGUGUUUGUAACAAUGGAUGGGUUUAUUUAAACAAGGAAGAAAGAGCACACCAUAUUGGUGUAUUAAACUUUAGAAGUGAUUGGUAA